CAUCCCCCACGGCCGGAUUCCCCGGCACGGCUCCCCUGAUCCCCUCCCCUCCCAAAGCCCCCCAACCCAAACGUGCUCACCGAUCCCGACGAAGCGAACACAACGAGACAUCACAUGCAGCCCGUAUCCCGCCUGGCCCCCGCACGGCCGCACGCGCGCGUGGCGGUGACGACGACGUGCCAGGCCCGGGUCACGGCGAGCCGCGGCUGCGCCCGGCCCCCGCGCGUGGUCGGGGCUCCCGCCCCGCGGCAGCCGCGCCUGGGCCUGCGCGCCCGUGCGACGCCGUGCGGGGGCGGGGCGGCGGAGCCCGUCGAGGCGCGGGAGGACGCGGAGCCGGCAGGCCUGGCGCCGGAGGAGCUGGAGGUGCUGGAGGCGGCGGCCAUCGCGGGGGAGGACGAGGGGCGGCGGCCCACGGACUACGACCGCCGCGCGCACAUCUUCGAGGAGAGCUCGCGGGUGUUCCGGGAACUCAAGCACCGACGCGACGGCGGAAGCGGGCACGGUGACGUCACCGCUGGCGCCACAGCGGGAACGCGCGAGCAGCAGCAGCAAGUUGUGUGAAGCACUGUUACUUGGCGGACUUGUACGGUCGAGACGACGUCAAGCAUGUACGCUACCCUUACCCGUUCAGACAGCGUAUAUGCCAAGAACUGGUUGUAUAAUGCAAUGUAAAUGUUCAGACAGCUUGCCUGACGCGAACCAGUUUGAGUUCUCCAGAUCUGAAGCUCGUGCAGUACAAGCUGCGACUAACGUAGCGCACAUUUUUGUUCUUGCCAUCAUGGAAACGAAGCAUGUAGCGUUCCCUAACUGAAGUCGUGCAUUCCAGUUCACAUCUUCAGGGUCUCAUUUUCCAACGCUAUGUAAACUUUUUCUAGCACCUGAAUUUUCUGAUAGUAUAGAAGUGUA